GUGAAAUGGCAACUAGUUACUGCAGCUAGUCAGACUAACGAAGCUACAUGUUACUUGACUUCUACAGUGCUUUAAUUAUGCUAAUAUCCAUUUGAGUACUGACAACAUUUAACCAUGGCUCCUAAAAAGAUGCCUCCAAAGAAGGGAGGAGAUGGACCAAAACAACCGCCCCUUAUCGGACGUUUUGGGACUUCCUUGAAAAUUGGAAUUGUUGGGCUGCCAAAUGUAGGAAAGUCAACAUUCUUCAAUGUUCUGACAAAGAGUCAGGCAGCGGCUGAGAAUUUUCCUUUUUGCACCAUCGACCCAAACGAGAGCCGUGUGCCCAUUCCAGAUGAACGUUUUGACUUUCUCUGCCAGUACCAUAAACCAGCUAGUAAGGUCCCAGCGUUCCUGAAUGUGGUGGAUAUUGCUGGCUUGGUAAAAGGAGCUCACGCAGGCCAGGGUUUGGGUAACGCCUUCCUCUCCAACAUCUUUGCCUGUGAUGCCAUCUUUCACAUGACCCGUGAGUACAUUAUGAUAUUUAGAUUUGAGUUUAGCUCUAACUGGGGUUGGGCGAUGUCGACCAAGAUGUCUAAUGUGAAACAUUGCGAUGGACUAUGGCAUCGUCAUCGUAGGCGGCGGUGA